UUAUAUAACCAUUAGAUGACUGCCCCCUACCUGUUACUCCUUACUCGUGAAUAUUAUGACGAUCAAUGUUUAAUUUUCUUGUUAUUUGCAGGAGCAGUUGGUGGAGGUCGCGCAGGUCCUCCCUCCACCAGUGACCGCCAAUCACACCACACAGACAAGUCAUGGAGGACUCACCGUGACUCCAGGGACUCGAGUCAGCCUCAUCUGGUUCCUUACUCUGGGGGCUACCCCUCAGGCUCAAGCACACAGUACACCAGCCGCCCACCACCCGCCCACUACCCACCCUCACGCCCUUCCUACUCUAGUGGGCGGCCUCCUUCCCGCCCGCACACACCAUCAGCCACUUCAUCUUCAUCAUCUUCAUCUAGUGAGGAUGAUAGCGAACAUGCGCAAGGUGCUAUUGUGCCUGUUGGUUCUAUGCCUCAUCCAAUAUAUGGCUACUCCGGCUAUUACCCUGGCUACCCGCCUGGCCCUCCACAACACCCUGGCUACCCAGGCACGUUGAAAUCUGCUCGAUCAGUGCCAGCCUUGGCCCUAGCCACCUGGGAUGGCGAACCCUGCCCUGUGCAUGGCAGCGGCCCCCUCUCAUUCCCACAGGGACCAUUACCUCCCCCAGGGUACCCACCCAUGAUGCCACACGGUGCCAUGUCAUUGCCACCUCCGCCAGGCUCCAACCGUCGUGUUAACUCUAUCUACGACAUGCGUCUUGCAGCACCUCCAGGAGCCAUCUAUGGAACACUUCCCGGGAGGUCGUUGCCAGCAGACAGGCGAAGCCUGGCCGGCUCAGCUGUCAUUGGUCCCGCGGCGCCGGGUGCUCCUCCAGGUAUCCCUCCACACCUCCUCCCACCCAUGGCUCGCCCACUUCCACUAGUGGUAGAUGAAAAAGGGAACCCCGAGCCCUUACCUGUGCGCAAAACGGCUGACAAGAACGGCUCCCUACCCCUAAGUAUUGCAGCAAAAGUAGCAGCAUCAGUGGGGCACCUGGAGAGUGACAGCCACUUGAAGAACCGUGUGUGUUGUCGAGGUGGAGCCUGUGUUGCCUGGGUCAUCCUGGCAGUUAUAUGUCUAGGUGUUCUUCUGGCUGUAAUGCUCAGGUUUAUAUUAUAAGCUUGUACAGCGGCCAUGUAGUGGAUACACCUGGGAUAAGUCAAAUGAUACAAAUUAAGGUACAUGAUUUACCUAAUGAUGGUUUUAAAUCAUUUCCAAAAAUUUUGGAAGUGCAUGACUUAAUAAGAAGUAAAUUAAGUAUAUUACGAUAAUUAAAAUGAUGUAGAUAAAUGGUUCAGAGAACUGACAAGUUGAUAAAUUAGACACAUGUGUAACACUUAGGGAUCUUUAGUGAAGAAACGUUUCCUCAGUAAAGAUACCCAAGUGUUGUACAUGUGUCUAAUUUAUCAACUAAAAUGAUAAAAUUAACCAUGUUAAUUGUGUAAUUGCUUCUACACAGUGGAUAACAUUGCCAUUUUUCUCAGAUAAGAAAUUUGAAGCAAAAUUUAGACAUAAACCGACAACGUUGUGGGUUUUCUAUUUAUGAUAAAUCUGUAUAGUCCUUGUGGCUUAGCGCUUCUUUUUGAUUAUAAUAAUAUUUAUGAUAAAUGCAACACUUGUGUAUCUUUAUUGUGGAAAUAUUUGCAGAAUAUAGAUACCUAAGUGUUGCACAAGUGUCAUAUUUAUCAACAUAUCGGUUUUCUAAAUUUAUUCAAAUAGCCAUUAAUGGUUGGAAGGCAAAAUGCCAUUAAGUACGGAAAUACAAAGACACGGAAGAGCAAGCCUUUUUAAGAGCAUUUUACUCUUAAGUGAGUUCUCCUUGAAGUCAUACAGAGGGUAGUUAGUAAGUACCUUUGUACAUAACUGUCUUUGCUCAAAGUCUUGUCUGUGCUUUGCUGCAAGUGUCUUUGUAUUACCUUAGAUAUUAUAGUUAAUUAUAACAAACCAGUCAUGGGAUUUUAUGCUAGGAAUGAAUGUAUGUAUUUAUAUAUGCAGUGAUUACAUGGAACUUAUCCUGUGAUCAGGAUUAUUGCAUAUGUUAGAAAUUACUCUGUACUUUUAAGUUAUUGUAUAUGUUAUAUAUUAAUUACAAUUAUGUGAACAGACAUUGCAUAAGAUCAAGUGUUUAUUAUAGACAGUGUUUUGCCAGGUACGAACUUAUUAAGUCAGUGGUAGAAACUCCAAAAUAUUAGCAGUGGGAGGUGAAAAUGAUAUGAAGACACACACUGUAGAAGAAGCUUUGUUUUGUGAUAAUGUUUUUAUCUAUUUAGAUGACUGAGAAAGAUCUGAACAGAUCGAAAUGUUCCAGUAAAGGCUUUGUUCUCCUAGGAAAAGUGUGUUAUGCUGGAUUCUGCAUUAUAAUCUUUGUUUCUACAAGUACAUGUACAAGGUAUACAGGCCUUUCUGUACAUACUAUUGUACAGAAAGACCCUUGUUAUGCAGAGCAUUUCCCGCAAAUUAGGUCAGUUUUGUCCCCAGGAUGCGACCCAUACCAGUCGACUAACACCCAGGCACCUAUUAAUUAAUGUGAAAUUUAUAAUGUAAGGUGUUUGUAUUGUGACAAAAAUGCUUCAUAAAUAUAAAUGUGAGCAUUUUUUCACAAUACAAACACCCUACAUUAUAAAUUUCACAUUAAUGUGAAAACCUGCAUCACAAGGGGUUAUAUGGAAGAGGGUUGGUGAGAUGAGGUUCAGGAUUUCUUAGAAACUAUCAUGUACGAGAAUUGAUCCCUACACCGCAAAAUUGUAGAAAUUGCUGGCGCUUCAGCUACCCUGCAAAAUAUUGCAGGUCAUUGGCAGAAUGCCCGGUCUGUGGUGCUGCUGACCAUAGCAAUCCAUCCUGCAGCCAACCUCCCUCUUGCCUUAAUUGCAAAGAAGCACACCCACUUUAUCUUUAAAAGUUAAGCAUCACUUGGUAGUAAUUUUGCUAGAGGUGGAUUGUACUAUUUUGUCUUUCAUAAAGUGCUAACACUGUGUGGAAAAGACAGCACAAGAAGGAGUGGUCGAGGCUUGAACCUCUGCUAUUCACUCUCCACUCCUUGACUUGCUGUUGGUGUCCCAGGAAAUGAACAGACAGAUGCUGAGGAGAAGCCUACUACAACAAACUUGCUGCAUUGCAGACUUCAGCCUUACAGUGUCUUCAUGCAUAAAUACAUAGAUACAUGUAUAUCCUUGGGGACUUGCUGGCUCGGUGGGUCCUACUGUCAUGAUAUAGGGUCCAGCAGUGUGUGUGUGUGUGUGUGUGUUGGUCCUCCUUCAACAGGACUCAUCACCUGAGAUGAGUCUUUGUAAAUUGCAGGAUCAGGCCCAAACCUGUUGCAGGUGUUUCUGUCCUAUGUGACGCGUGUGCUGUUUAACACAUUUUAACUGUUUGUCCAGGAUUUAGGUGGUCUUCUUUGCUUUCAUUCUGGUGGUCUUGGGGAACUUCAAGGAGAAUCUUUUCACAUUAACAUUUUAACCCUUAAACGGUCCAAACAAAUCGACGUUCAAAUUCGUAGUGCUACAAAAGUAGAUCUACUUUUUUUUAACAUAUUUUCAAAUGUAACAAAAAAAAAAUGUAGAUAAAAGUUUUUUUACAUGUUUUCAAAUGUAAAACAAAAAAGAUCUACAUUUUUUACAUACUUUCAGAUGUUGAAAAAACGUGUAUAUACGUUUGGACCAUUUAAGGGUUAAUGGGAUUUUUAACUAUUGCUGUUAAUUUUAACUUACAUGAUAGUAUUUAUAUGUAAGUUUUUUAUUGUUUAAUUUUAUCUUCAAUUUUUGUAUGUGUUGUAUGUAUGUUUAAUUGCCAGCAGUGCUGAAUGAUUUACACGUUCAAAGUGGUCUUCAAGUUUCAAGACUAUCUACCUUCCUGACCAGCUAAGCUGUUGAUGAAGUGGAAAAAUGUCCCUUGGCUAUGUUCGAUAAUUCCUAAACUCGCAUUAUUCCAGCUAUGAUUUCUUCAGCCUCAGAGUCUUCUGUAACCUCCUAUUUCACAACGAAAUUGGCAUUGUUCCUAUCUUUGAUGUUGGUGUUUGUUGUGGUGGCUAACAAAUGCAUUGUUAGUUUUUUGUGCUUUCCAAACAUAUCUCGUGGAUGAAAACACAAAGACGACAGUGUAAGUCUUUAUUAUAACAAUGUUUAUCCUUAAGGAAACUUUAUCAAGUGAUGAACAAAGUUUGGUAAUAAAGGCUUAUGCUGUAUUAUGUCUUUUCAUCCUAUUGUGAGCUUCUUGGCUGGGGCCCAAGGUAGCCCUUGUGGUUUAGCGCUUCGUUUUGAUUAUAAUAAUAAUGGGGCCCAAGGCUGUUCGACUGCCUCCCACCAUACAUAAGAGGGACUACCAAUAGACCCCUGGCUGUCUUAAGAGGGAACUGGACAGUCAGUUCCCAACCAACUGGGCUGUGGUUCAUACAUUAGUUUGUGUGCAGCGAGCAGUAACAGUCUGGUUGAUCAGGUCCUGAUUCACUCCGAGGCCUGGUGUCGGACCAGGGCGUGGGGGUGUUGAUCCCUGGAACACCCUCCAGGUAUUGCCUCUUCCACAACAACUGUUGUUCAAUCCUUGUGUUAAUAUCUCCUGAUGCUAGGUGAGAUUUUGGCCAUCUUCCCACCAUAGGCAGGUUUGAGAAACUAUACUCAUGAUUAUGAAUUGGACACACACGGCUCACGCAUGGAUACCACAUAGAGGAAAUUCUAUCACUGCUGCAAUGAUUGAUUGCUUGGCUGCACUGUCAGUUUGUAAUAUCUUUAAUUAGUUUAAUACCUUUAUUAUGCACCCCAUACCCAUCCUGUGGGCGGUAGUCGAAAGAUUACAAAGGUACAUAAUGGGUCCAGGGACUGGACCCCAUAAUAUCUUAAUAGAUUGUCCUGUUGAUCAGUGUUAUGCAGGACUCCCGAAAUCUACAACACCAUAACACACACUGACCUCCUUGCUGAAAGUCCCACUUUCAAAGCAUACUCCUUGAGUUUCUAAUGGAAACUAAUCUGUUGUACUAGCUGUAAUUUCAAUUUUAUUGUUGCAGUAACCUCCACUUAACCCUAUCCGUCGUUCAUUCCUAACGUUCGCACAUUGCUUCUCUUGCACUGCAUUACUUUCACUGCUGUAUAACCUAUACAGAUGUUGUGCUCUAAUAAAUUAUUUUAUUAUUAUUAUGACUCUCGAAAUAACACAAUAACAAACAAACCAGGGAACAGGUGGGUUUUGAACCCAUGAAGAGGAGUUUUAGGACUCGCUCGUCAUAGGUUCAUUAUUAUUAUUAUAAUCAAAGUGCUAAACUGACAAGGGUCAUGCAGCAUGCCAUAGAUUCAAACCUCACCAGUUCCCCUGGUUUAUUUUUAGAUGGAGCCAGAUUUUGGGAAUGUUAUGAAACUAGGCCAUCUGUUUAAUGCUCCUUUAUCCUGAUGCAACGUGAUAUACAAGUGAGUUUUUGUUUCUUCCAUUGACUUGAUAAAGUGAAAUAUUUACAAUAAAGACAGGUCGCAGAACGAGCCUUUAUCUGGAUAAGGUUUCACUCUUUAUUAAGCUUUAUAACUUGAUAAAGCUCUGCACACAGCGAAACUUUGUCCCAUUAAGUUAGUUUAAUAGUGUUAUGUAUCCCACACUCUGGUAGUCAAAAGAUUACAGAGGUACAUAAUGGGUCCAGGGACUGGACCUCAUUUGAUAGCUAAACAAGUUACAGCAGUAAUGAACUAUUUACAUGUUUAAAUCUGGUUACAGUCGUAAUACUGCAGUGUUUUUGUUUUCAUACUUGUCAACAAUGCACCAAAAUGUUUAGUUCACAUAUUUGUCGGCAAUCCUUGCCAUGUGUCCAUUGUUAUAAAUGAGCUGUUCAGAAUUACUCCAGCUGACUAUAUCUUAUGCAACACAAGGUUGAGUGAAGUAUUCCAGGUGCUUUUUAUAUUGGUACUCUUAAUAAAUAAGAUUCAUACUGUAAUUGUCAUUACAAACAGCCUCGUAACAGAAGGGGCCGUGGAGGCAUUGGUCCUCAAAAACCAUCUCCAGGUAUACAGUGACUGUAUGGUGUGUACAUACACUGUAAGGUUAUAUAGUGUCGUGGAUGUACUCUUGAGAGUUAAAUAUCCAGUAUUGUUGGUAACUCUUAAUGCAACUUAGUGAAGUAGUAUUUUGGAGUGUACGUAUAUGAGAGAGUACGAGUCAUAAUGUCAUGGCUGCAACAAUAGUCACACUUUAGAGAGGAAACUUGAAAUGAUAUUUCAGACUGCCAUGGACUAAGUCACAACUCGUGUGACUGAUAAUUGUCCUAAACGGAAUGAAAUCUCGUCUGAAGUUCUUUCCGAAGUGCGAAUUGUCGCUGAAAAAAUGUAUAUAUACUUUAUAUAUUUUUGGGCUACAUAUUUUAAGGACAUAAUUCUACUUUUGUAAACAUUUU